CUUAAGGUUUAUACAGGAUGAAGGAGGAUAACCCAUCAGAAAACAGAGGGAAACCAUCUAGGUUUGCUGAUCAAAAUCAGAAUCCCAAGUGUCUAAAUCAGAAUAAUGCCAAAGGAAAUAGUGGGAAUGGUUCGAAAUUGAGGGCUGCUUCUUCCUGGGGUUCUCACAUUGUCAAAGGUUUCUCCACAGACAAGAGAACUAAAGCUCAGAGCAAUCUUCAACCCAAGAAAGUACCACCACUUGGGAAUUCGGAUUUAGCUAAUCAGAAGGAGAAGUUUGUUCCUUCCCAUUCUCGCAUCAAGCGUUCCAUCAUUGGGGAUUUAGCUUGUUCGGCAAAUCCUGCUCAAGUUCAUCCACAGUCUUAUCAGACCCACCGCAGACAAUCGUCUCGGGAUUUGUUCAUUGAGCUCGAUCAACUCAGAAGUUUGCUUAACGAAUCUAAGCAGAGGGAAUUCGAACUUCAGAACGAACUUGCAGAACUUAAGCGGAAUACUAGAAAUUAUGAACUCGAAAGGGAACUUGAGGAAAAGAAAGCUGAAUUAGACGGCCUUACUCAGAAAGUUAGUGUAUUGGAAGAAGAGAGAAGAGCCCUCUCUGAGCAAUUAGUAACUCUAUCAUCGAUUUCUGAGAAGCAAGAAGAGCCACAGACUGCGCCUGUAAACGUAGAGGUGGAAGUUGUUGAGUUGAGACGCUUGAAUAAGGAACUUCAGCUUCAGAAGAGGAACCUCGCUUGCAGGCUUUCUUCGGUGGAGUCUGAACUGGCUUGUCUAGCAAAGAAUUCUGAGAGUGAAGCUGUAGCAAAGAUCAAAGCAGAGGCAUCUUUGCUGAGACACAGAAAUGAAGAUUUGUGCAAGCAAGUGGAAGGUCUGCAGAUGAGCAGAUUGAAUGAGGUUGAGGAACUUGCAUACCUUAGGUGGGUUAAUUCCUGUUUAAGAAGCGAGCUUCGUAAUUCUUGUUCCUCGGCCAAUUCUGGUAGCCCAUCCAGCCCUCAGCCAAUUGAGAGGAGUGGUGAAUCGCUUGGUUCAUUAUCCAGCCAAAAGGAAUACAUGGAGUACAAUAGUGCAAAGAGAAUAAAUCUAGUUAAGAAGUUGAAGAAAUGGCCUAUUACUGAUGAGGAUUUGUCUAAUUUAGAUUGUUCUGAUAAUAGUCUUUUAGACAAAAAUUGGGUUGACACAGAGGAAGGAAGAAGCCCCAGAAGAAGACACUCCAUUAGUGGAGCCAAAUGCUGGCCUGAAGAAUUGGAGCCAAACAAGAGGAGGCAAUCUGAUGGCUUUAUAUGUGCAAAAGAGAUGGAAAAAGAAGCAGAUCCUCUUUCCUCUCAGAAAUAUGAUUUGGGUGUGAUUCAAAGGCCUCAUGUUUUUGGAAAUUGCCAUGAAACUAACAGGAGUUUUACUUCUUUGGAAGUGGAGAAACGAGCAUUGCGUAUACCAAAUCCCCCUCCAAGGCCUUCUUGCUCAAUUUCUAGUGAACCUAAAGAAGAAAACACAGCUCAAGUCCCGCCACCUCUACCACCGCCUCCUCCACCCCCUCCUCUUCCAAAGUUUGCUGUGAGGAGUGCCACGGGAAUGGUACAGAGAGCUCCACAAGUUGUUGAAUUCUACCAUUCACUAAUGAAGAGAGAUUCUAGAAAAGAUUCUUCUAAUGGAGCCAUAUGUAAUGUUCCAGAUGUUUCAAAUGUUAGGAGCAGCAUGAUUGGAGAAAUUGAGAAUCGAUCAUCUCAUUUGCUUGCUAUAAAGGCAGAUAUUGAGACCCAGGGAGAGUUUGUAAAUUCACUAAUACGAGAGGUCAACAAUGCAGUUUAUCUAAAGAUCGAAGAUAUUGUGGAAUUUGUGAAGUGGCUUGACGAUGAACUUUGUUUUCUGGUGGAUGAAAGGGCAGUUCUGAAGCACUUUGAUUGGCCAGAGAGAAAGGCUGACACCUUGCGAGAAGCAGCCUUCGGGUAUAGAGAUCUAAAGAAGUUGGAGUGUGAAAUUUCAGCCUACAAAGAUGAUCCCAGAUUGCCUUGUGACAUUGCUCUCAAAAAAAUGGUUGCUUUAUCAGAGAAGAUGGAGCGUAGUAGUUAUAACCUUCUCCGGAUGAGAGAAUCAUUGAUGCGAAAUUGCAAAGAGUUCCAAAUUCCCACAGAUUGGAUGCUUGACAAUGGAAUCAUAAGCAAGAUAAAGUUGGGUUCGGUGAAGUUGGCAAAAAUGUACAUGAAGAGAGUAGCAAUGGAACUUCAAUCAAAGGCUUUAUCAGAGAAAGAUCCCGCAAUGGACUACAUGCUUCUUCAAGGAGUGAGAUUUGCCUUUAGAAUUCAUCAGGUAGCAAUUAAUCAAGCCUGCCUUCGUUCACUGCAUUUUUCUUCAGGAAAACACAAAGAUUGUUUGCUGAUUGUGUUUUGCCUUUCACGGCUACAGUUUGCAGGAGGGUUCGAUGCCGAAACAAUGCAUGCAUUUGAGGAUUUGCGAAACUUGGCCAACCUUCUGAACAAAAAGUGAAAGUUACAUUACAGGACAAAGCAAAUGGAAAUCAGUUGGUUUAGGUUUACUAACUCGGUAAGCAGCUAGAUACCAUGCUAGCAAUACAUAUAGUUUUCCCUUCAAGGGAAGUUUUUGAAUUUGGAACUUAGAACUGAGCUGCUGGGGAAGCCAGAUCUUAAGUUAAGUAUAUUUUUGGCCUCUGCCAUCCUUCCUCCUCUCUUCAUGAAGCAAGCUCCUCCAAAGCACAGGCAGAUCCUACGGAAAGAGAGGUGGCAAACAGCCAGAGGGAGGAGGAUCGUUUUAAUAUAUAUUAAUGUAAAUUGUGUGUUAACUGAAAAAUCAAACGUUUUGUGGAAAGAGAGUCCAAACUUAAUGGAACUUUUUCUCUGGUUGGCCUUGAUUUCUGAGUAUCUAAAGUAAGAUUGCUGAGAGGAGGGCAUGUUUCGAAAUGUGUUUUGUGUUCAAUAAGAAAAAACAACAGGUUUCUAUUUUCUAUUUAAGAUAUUUUCCACAGAAUCACAGGUUGUGUAUAACUUGUAAAAAUUCAAAUAAUUUGAAAUCACAAACCCCAGAUAAAAUGAUUUUUCAAAUUACAUCACCCUCAAUUAUUCUAAAAUAUUUUCCCUUUUUUUGUCAUACAAAAAGCAAAAAACAAUUUCAGAAGCCAAGUUUAUAUUUCUGUUUAAUGUAAAUGGUUGUGUAUAGGACAAUCUAUCCGAUCUUAUAAUAUUUAGGUGUAAAAAAAUCUUGUAGAAUGUUAAAUUCUAAAUAGAUGGCCACCAUAAAGUUAAGAUUAUAUUAUGUCAUUGCAAUUACUUGAAAUCACAAAUCACAUAUAAUUUCAUAUGGUUUAAUUUUCAAAUCACAUCACCUUCAAUAAUUCUAAAAACAAAGGCACUCCUUCAGAAAACAAAACAAAACAAGCUCUAAAAUAUCUACCUGCACAUACUUCUCCUGAUAUUUUCUUCACUAAAUCCAAAAAAAAAAAAAAAA